UCAAACUGGAUGAUCAAAACGUCGACCUGGAAACCGGUGGCUAGAACGGUUCUGGUUCCUGGUCAAUUUUUAAAACAUUAUGCUUAAAGGGAGUUCAAUUCUGCACCCCACCCAGUUUUUCCCCACAAACACCCCACACGCUCACCAUCUGCCAUAUGUCCCUUCACACGAGAGACGCUAAAUAGCGUGUGCGGGUCUGUUAGCCCCUUCCGUUACCCCCCAAAAGUCUCAUUUAUGAGUUCAAACCCUUCAUUCGACAGCUCUAGGUUAGGGCAUCUCCAAAACCCUCUUCUCCCUUUUCUCCUGCACCGGCACCUACAACAACAACCGGCGAUAUCAGAGAAACUGGCGGUAGAGUCAUCUUCUCCUUCUCCGACACCUGCACCUACAAUGACAACCGGCGUUUGGAGAGGACAGCCAGCGGUGGUCUCUCAAGGCGGAUGCUGUCAUGAAUCCUUUUCUCAUAUAUCAUUGGGCGACGUUGUGGUGACUGGCGAGAGAGAACAGAUUCAAGAGAAUCAGAGACAGAGAGAGAGAUGGCAAAUCUUCCCCUGCAUAUCCCAAACAAUUUCAGAAACUUCUCUGUAAUGGCUUCAUCUAAUGGGGUUCCUUUCAGUGCACCCAAAUCAGGUGGGCCGAUGAUUCUUGAGCUUCCGCUCGAUAAGAUACGGAGACCUCUCAUGCGUACAAGAGCUAACGACCCGGAGAAGGUGAAGGACCUCAUGGAGAGCAUUCGAGUAAUUGGGCUCCAAGAACCAAUUGAUGUUCUUGAGGUUGAUGGAGUUUACUAUGGUUUCUCUGGUUGUCACCGGUAUGAAGCUCACCAGCGCCUUGGACUUCCUACAAUUCGUUGUAAAAUUCGACGUGGAACAAAAGAAACUCUGAGGCAUCACCUUCGCUGAGUUAAUAGAACAACUUCUGGAGGUAUAAUCUGAUUGAUAUUUUCUGGCCUCAUGAUUAAUUCUAAAUGAGGGGUUUGUAUCUAUGUAGAUGGUUGUAUACAUGUACUCUAAAUACUGAUAUUAUUGCCUUAAGGUGCUGUUACAAUCAUGAAGAUACAGUAUUGUUUAUUACACAUUGCAA